CAGCUCUUAUUAAUACUGUAUUCCAUUGGCUGUAGAAGCUGCCUGCUGAGUGGCCAGAUCACCUAUACCGGGUGUCGGCAACCCGCGGCUCCAGAGCCGCAUGCGGCUCUUUUUCACCUUUGCUGCGGCUCUGGAGCACACUGCCCACCAGGAUGUAGGCGGGGCAGCAUGACAAACUCCUCUCCUCUCACAGUCCGCCCUGAAGACCGGAACGGCGCGGGAUACAUUGGCUGUCAGAAUGUGUGUAGGCGGGGCAGCGUGACGAACGUGAGGGGAGCUAGGCUCCUCUCACAGUCCGCCCUGAAGACCGGAACGGCACGGGAACACGGCGAGAGG